AUGCACAUGCGUCACUUAGUCGUUUCCGGUCUGGGACUGGUGGCCUGCACGACAGCGCGAAACAUCUUCAACUUGCACCCGGACCAUCAAGGGACUCGCGUCAUCUCUGUGGCUCAUGGAACUGCCCUUCCUCAGGAGCUUGUAGAGCGUAAUUCGGGCGCACGAUGCGGCCUCGAAUUUGGCAAAUGCCCCGAGGAUAAGUGCUGCUCAAACGCUGGUUACUGCGGAGACACCAAGAACCACUGCAGCUCCCCGGACUGUCAAAUCGACUUUGGUCAUUGCGAUGCUCACGAUACUCCCGGGGGUGCACCCACCGACCAGAUCCCUCGGACCUUGGCUGGUGCUGUUCCCUACGGUCCGCGUUUUAUUCGCUCUUGCACUGUUCCAGGAACCAUUGCCCUUACGUUCGACGAUGGUCCCAAAGAAUACACCCAAGAUCUUCUCGAUCUUCUUGACAAAUAUGACGCCAAGGUGACCUUUUUCGUUACGGGGAACAACAACGCCAAGGGCCAGAUUGACAGCCCCGGAAUGCCCUGGGCAUCUCUCAUCCAACGCAUGCACCGCAGCGGACACCAAAUCGCAAGUCACACUUGGUCGCACCAGGACCUGAGCAAGGUCUCGGAAUCCCAGCGUCGGGCGCAGCUGCUAUGGAACGAGGUCGCCCUCCGUAACAUUCUAGGUGCAAUUCCCACUUACAUGCGCCCUCCUUACUCUAGCUGUACGGAGGAAUCUGGUUGUCUCAAGGAUAUGGGCACCUUCGGGUACCAUGUCAUCCUGUACGACAUCGAUACUGAGGACUACAGCCAUGAUAGUCCGGAGGCGAUCCAGAGCUCCAAAGACAUUUUCGAUCGCAGCUUGGACUCUCGGGACGCAUUCAACAGACCCUGGCUCGUGAUUGCCCACGAUGUGCACGAGCAAACCGUGCACAAUCUCACCGAACACAUGUUAAAAAGACUGACGGCCGAGGGCUAUCGAGCGGUGACCGUUGGCGAGUGCUUGGGAGACCCCCCGGAGCUCUGGUACCGCAAGGACGAUAACUUUGACGAACGGAUCCCACGCCAGUCCAAGUCUAAGCACUCGGUCACCAAGACCGUCUCAGUUGACGGGAUGUGCGGUGGAAACGUGACCUGCCUGGGGUCUCGAUUCGGUCCCUGCUGCAGUGACACCGGUUUCUGUGGGAACAUGUCUUCCUUCUGCGGAAUUGGAUGCCGGCCUGACAAUGGCUACUGUGGUGACGACGCUGGAUCUGUCAUGCAUGGUGGUGGUGCUUCCUCGGAUCCGAAUGCUGGCAAGUCCAAGUCCAAGUCGACCAAGAAGCCGGCCAAAUCGGAAGCAAGGUCUUUGCUGCAGCUAAGCCCGUCUGUGGCGGUGCUACUAUUGUUAUUCCUUGUGGUGCUGAUGGAUUGA